AUACAAUUAAUAAGACACUUCUUGACAUAAUUUUUAUGUCGAAUUAACAAGCGAUACAUCUCGUUCGACCACUUGAUUUGGAAAUUCCAUCUCCACCGUCCAAAAUCAACAUUACAAGUCAACCAAGCGGCAAAACCUUAUCUUCCUCUCAGAGAAACAUGCGACCCUUCUUCACCGCUGCAGUAGCCAUGACAAAGCCGGAGCAGCAGCAGCGACGGCGGCAUGUGGACGAGCAGGAGCUGGAGCUCCUCAAGGCGGUGGCGCAGGCGUGGCACGCGCAGUCCGGCAACCCCAAGCCGACCGACGAGUUCCACGCCCGGAGAGCCAGCUCCUCCCUCCGGCAGCCCACCCGGUUCAAGCUCGAGGCGGUGGCCAUGGCCGCCAGGGCCGCCGAGUCCCACUGGGACUUCGCGCACUCCCUAUGGGACUCCUACGAGAUCGUGACCCUGUCGAAGAAGCUGGAGGCCAACGUCGCGUUGGACGACGUCCCCCCCUGGCGGAGCCCGCCCGAGUACGGCCGGCCCGACAAGCGAUCCAGAGAGAGCAAGAACAGCCUGAGGAACCUCAUCCACAGGUCUUCUUCCUCCGCCAAGAGACAUGACCUCGACGUGCAGAAAGUUACGAGAGACGAACGAUGAUAGUAUGGUGUUCAAAUUGUGACGGCUUCU